AUCAAUCUAUCUGUCUAUCAAUCGAACGUACAGAGAGUGCUCCUCUGUACAGCAAUGGGGUUCUCACUGCUCGCCUUGGUGACUCCAAUUUUCUGCAAGGCCAACAACAACAACAACAUCAACUCUCAUUCGCUCGAUGCGUCCUAUAUCCGACGCGCCGCCGAGAUCGCCGACAAGUCCGCCGGAUUCACGUCCCCGCACCCUAACUUCGGCUGCGUCAUCGUCUCCGCCGCCGGGAAGGUUGCCGGUGAGGGAUACCUCUAUGCUCAGGGCACCAAGCCCGCCGAGGUUCUGGCGGUGGCCGCCGCCGCCGAGCAGUGCAAGGGCGCCACCGCCUAUCUCAACAUGGAGCCUGGUGACUGCUACGGCGACCGCGCUGCUGUCUCUGCUCUCGUUCAGGCAGGGAUUACUAGAGUUGUUGUUGGCAUCAGGCAUCCUUUGCAACAUCUUCGAGGCAAUGCUAUUCGUGCAUUGAGAAGUGAAGAACUGCAAGUUGAUGUUCUUGGGGAGGAUUUACAAAGUAAAACAAUUGAGGAAGCUCUGAAAUCCUGCCUCUUGGUCAAUGCUCCUUUACUGUACAGAGCUGCCUCUCGAGUUCCAUUCGCUGUUCUCAAGUAUGCAAUGACCCUUGAUGGAAAAAUUGCAGCCAGUAGUGGACAUGCAUGGUGGAUAAGCAGCAAAAAGUCAAGAAGUCGAGUUUUUGAAUUACGGGGUAAAAGUGAUGCUAUUAUUGUUGGAGGAAAUACCGUACGCAGGGAUAAUCCACAAUUAACCGCAAGACAUGGAGGUGGCCAUGUGCCCAUGCGGAUUGUUUUGUCACAAACACUCAAUCUGCCUGAGGAAGCAAAUCUUUGGGAUACCGCUGAUGUACCUACCAUUGUUGCCACACAAAGAGGUGCUAGAAAGAGUUUUCAGAAGUUUCUUGCAUCUAAAGGUGUUGAAGUAGUGGAGUUUGACAUCUUAAAUCCCAAAGAUGUAAUGGAAUACUUGUAUGAUCGUGGUUACCUUUCAAUUCUGUGGGAGUGUGGAGGGACAUUAGCUGCUUCUGCUAUUUCAUCUGGUGUUAUACACAAGGUGUAUGCAUUUGUUGCUCCUAAAAUUAUUGGUGGAAAGAAUGCACCCUCUCCAGUUGGUGAACUUGGGAUGGUUGAGAUGACACAAGCUUUGGAAUUAAUUGAUGUUUGCUAUGAGCAGAUUGGACCGGACAUGCUUAUAAGUGGAUUUCUUCAUCCCGUUCCAGACCUAACACCUGUUAUUCCAUCAGUGGAGGAAACUUCUGCAAUUGAUCCUUCAGUUACCGCUUAUGAAUCAAGCAUCAUAUUCUUUUACAAGACAUGGGAUCCUUAUGGAGCCUUUUCAAACUUCUCUCCUCAUGCAAUUCAAAUGCCCUGUGAAAGUGGCAAUUAUCUAACCUGGCCGAGUGUGGAGCAUUAUUAUCAGGCUCACAAGUUUGUGGGGGUGAAUGAUCCUGUAGCCAGGAAUUGUGUGGAAGACAUAAGAUCUGCUAAGAGUCCUGAGGAAGCAGCACGAAUGGGAAGGACAAUGCAGAGGCAGCACCCUGAUCUGGUAAGAUCUGAUUGGGAAUCUGUCAAGAUCGAUGUUAUGUACAAGGCCUUGAAAUGUAAAUUUUCCAUCUACCCUCAUUUAAACUCUAUGCUGCUCUCGACAGCAGGGUCUGUUCUUGUUGAAGCGUCGCCGCAUGAUCUCUUUUGGGGAGGAGGUCGAGAGGGUGAAGGCCUAAACUAUCUAGGCAGGUUGCUGAUGCAGUUGAGAUCGGAGUUUCUUGGUGAAUCUUCUUCAUCAUCAAAUAAGAUCUCUAUAACUCAUCAAGAAAGAGAGAAUGAAUUGAAAAAUGCAUGAUGGUUCUGUUUAAAUACUUCUUUGUAACAUUAUUAUUAAUCAAAUUUUCUUGUAAGCCUCUUUGUAACAUUAUUAUUCUGCAAAUAAUAAGUGUAAGCUUGUGAUAAUUUUGUUUGCCGAAUUAUGAUAUAUAUAUAUAUAUAUAUUUACUUUC